CUUAUGAACCAAACAGGACAGCUAGUGACCCACAUUGUAAAUUUCCGUCAAGCUUCCACUUCUACUUGCUUGGUUAACAAGACGACGCUCCAUUAUUCAUCGAGCAUGCGUGCAGCUCCGCUCCGCUCCAUCAUCGCAAGUCAAAGUCUCAUUCGGCGCCGGUCGUCGAAUCCCCGGACUUCUCUCGUUCACACCGUCCGGCAGCAUUGUCACUGUCGCUGUGUACGGCAUACAUCCUCCCUCAACCCUCAUGGACAGCCAUGGCUGACAUGACAACGCUAGUACCACAUUUCCUCCGCAAGCAAUUCCUCAACCCCAGUCGAACCCCUUCAGCCCAUGCGACCACCACGCACCUCGUCUUCCAUCCCAUCCUCUGUUGCAGAGACGACUAGCCAUGACCGAUCGCAGCUUGACCCUGCAGCUGGCCUGUGCGGCCAUCCUCCUCCUCAUCCUGUGCGGCAGCGGCAGCUCGUUGCAGUUCGCGUACCAGAGCUUCGACGCGGCCAGCGAGGCCGACUUCAGCUUCACCCCGGGCGCCACCAUCUCCAACAGUUCCCUGCAGAUCACGCCCGACGCCGGCGACAUGACCCGCCGGUCCGGGAGGGUCAUGUACGCCAGGGAGACCCUCAAGCUCUGGAAAAACAGCGACCGCACCGCGCUCACCUCCUUCCGGACGGAGUUUGUGCUCAACAUCCUCCCCCGGAACGGCACCGGCGAAGGCAUGGCCUUCAUCCUCACCAACAACCCGGCCCUGCCCAGUGACAGCAGCGGCCAGUGGCUGGGUAUGACCAACAACCGGAGCGAUGGCGCGGCGGCGAACCGGGUCGUCGCGCUCGAGUUCGACACGCGGAGGAGCUUCGACGCCGACGUGGACGGCAACCACGUCGGGCUCGACCUCAACAGUGUGCGGUCCGUCGGGCAGAUGCCGCUCAGCAACUACUCCAUCGUCCUCUCCAGCGGGGCCGACGUCGAGGUCACGUUCGCGUACGACGGCAAAAUGAUGAGCGUCGUCGUGGUGCAGCAGGGCUUGAUGUUCACCUACGCCUGGUACACCGACCUGUCGCGGUAUCUCCUGGACAACAUCUCCGUCGGUUUCGCGGCUUCCACCGGCGAGUUCGCCCAGCUGAACCAGGUCAAGUCCUGGAACUUCACCACGGUCGACGACGCGAUCGUCGGAGGCGACGGUGGGUAUCGCUUGAGGCGCCAGAAGAUAUUUCUCGCCGUGCUGGUCCCGCUCACCGUCGGCGUGCUGCUCAUGGCGUUGUUCGUGUGGAGGAGGCUGACGCGGCAGACGAGGCUGGCGUACCGCAACCUCGAGAAGAUGAUCGACGCCCAUGGCCCCGUCAGGUUUAAGCUCAGGGAGCUCAGGAACGCCACCGGGGACUUCAGCGACGGCCGUAAGCUCGGCCGAGGCGGCUCCGGCACCGUUUACCUCGGGUACCUGAGGAGGAUGGGCAUGGAGGUGGCCGUGAAGCGGGUGUCCACGAAUGUCAACUCCAACCGCGGCGAGAAGGAGUUCGUGGCGGAGGUGAACACCAUCAGCAAGCUCUCGCACCGGAACCUCGUGAAGCUCAUCGGCUGGUGCCACAAGAAGGGCGAGCUGCUGCUCGUCUACGAGUACUUCCCCAUGGGUAGCCUUGACAAGCUCCUCUACGCCAGAGAAAGGACCAUGGCGUCGGCGUCGUCCAUGUCGGCGUCGACGGACGCCCCGGAGCUCACGUGGGAGCGGCGGUACAAGAUAAUCCGCGGCGUGGCGUCGGCGCUGGACUACCUGCACCACGGGAGCAGCAGGCGGAUCCUGCACAGGGACGUCAAGGCCAGCAACGUGAUGCUGGACGAGGAGUACAACGCGCGGCUGGGGGACUUCGGCCUCGCCCGCGUCGUCCAGCACGACGGCGCCACGCACCACUCCACGCAGGUGGUGGCCGGCACCCGCGGCUACAUGGCGUACGAGAGCUUCUUCACCGGCCGCGCCAGCCUCGACACAGACGUGUACUCCUUCGGGGUCUUCGUCAUGGAGGUGGUCAGCGGGAGGAGCCCCAGCAACGCCGUGCAGUACCGGUACAUCCACGACGGUGACCACCGUGGCGAGGAGGAGUACUGGAGAGGCGGGCGAGGGCGACACCCCACGCCGAUGCACAUCGUGGACUGGAUGUGGAGGCUCUACGGCGAGGGGAAGGCGCUGCACGCCGCCGACCCGUUGCUAGGCGGCGAGUUCGAGCAGGCGCAGGUGGGCUGCGCGGUGAGGCUGGCGUUGGCGUGCUGCCACCCGAACCCGAGGGAGAGGCCGUCCAUGAGGACUGCCGUGCAGGUGCUGAUCGACGGAGCCGCGGCGCCGGAGCCCCCGCUGAACAAGCCUGCGUUUGUUUGGCCUCCGGGUGGCAAUCGGCAGGAGAUGGAUCUGCCGGACGUCGGGCUGCUGUUCACGGGGGACGCUGGGGCUGGGCAGCACAGUAGUUUCUGCUCCAUGAGCUGUUCCAUCUCAGGGAGGUGACAGGUCUGGGGUUCAAUGUGGAAGAAGAUUACUGUUGCAGGAUUGAUGUCGUUCCUGUUUGUUGUCUUAGACGAUCAGAAUCAAAUGUACAUUGAUUUAUGAUUCUUGAGUCAAUUUCUAAAUUCUUUAUUUCUUA